AUGCAAUUAGAAUUGCUCCGUGAGUCAGUAAAUAUACCCAGAAAAAUCAAGACAAUAAUGGAGGAAAUUGGGUUUUUGGGGAUGGGAAUAAUGGGGAAAGCUAUGGCCAUGAACUUGCUUCGCAAUGGAUUUAAGGUCACUGUUUGGAAUCGCACGCUUUCUAAGUGUGAUGAGCUAAAAGAGCAUGGUGCUUCGGUAGGGGAAAGUCCUGCAGCAGUUGUAAAGAAGUGCAAGUACACAAUUGGAAUGCUAUCUGAUCCUCCUGCAGCUCUUUCUGUGGUGUUUGAUAAAGGUGGUAUUCUUGAGGAAAUCAGCAGUGGAAAAGGUUACAUUGACAUGUCAACAGUUGAUGCUGAAACCUCUUCUAAAAUCAGCGAGGCAGUAAUAGCGAAAGGUGGUUCUUUUCUUGAAGCUCCGGUCUCUGGAAGCAAAAAACCUGCUGAAGAUGGACAAUUGGUUAUCCUUGCUGCUGGUGAAAAGGGAUUGUAUGAGAAAAUUGUUCCUGCUUUUGAUGUAUUGGGGAAGAAGUCGUUUUUCUUGGGAGAGGUUGGAAAUGGAGCAAAGAUGAAACUUGUAGUUAAUAUGAUCAUGGGAAGUAUGAUGAAUGCUUUCUCAGAGGGACUUGUUCUUGCUGACAAAAGUGGACUUAGCCCUAAAACUCUUCUAGAUGUAUUGGAUCUUGGUGCAAUUGCCAAUCCAAUGUUCAAAAUGAAAGGACCUUCAAUGAUCCAAAACAGCUACAACCCUGCAUUUCCAUUGAAACAUCAACAGAAGGACAUGAGGUUGGCUCUUGCCCUUGGUGAUGAGAAUGCAGUAUCAAUGCCCGUGGCAGCUGCCGCCAAUGAGGCAUUCAAGAAGGCUAGAAGCACUGGUUUAGGAGAUCUUGAUUUUUCAGCUGUUUAUGAGAUUUUCAAGGUUACCCAACCCUCGCCAUGAUUGAUGAUCAUGUUUCAACUAAAUGGUGAAGGAAGUAUUAUGAUUCAAAUCGACCAUUGUUUUGUUUUGGAUCUGUUAAAUUUAAAACAAGUUAUGGAUACUUCAUUUAUCUAUAGAUUAAACCGAAGCUAAAAUAUAUCAUCUUAAAUCGAGUUUGUGGUUUGGAUGCGUGUUUUCUACAUGGGUGGUAUUUGAUUAUCGUGAUUUCAAAAGUCGACUAGAAUAGUUCUUUUAGGUUAAAAAAGAACUCGAAACUUGAAAACAAUUUCAAAAAAAAAUUUCAUGGGUAUUUUUUUAUUUUUUUG